AUGGUACGUCCUGCAGCUACAGAGGAAAACAAAUUCAUCGGGCUACAUUUUGCACUUGCGGUCACCGUUCCAGUAACUAGCGUUACGCAACAAGUUGGCCACUGCAUCAUAGCUCGGACUGGUCGCUACUCUAUUUUCUCAGCUCUGCAAGAAUGCUGUCCAACCAUCAUCAGGAGCGAGGAACCCUUCAUAGGUCGCUACGGGAUGACGGAGAUGGAAUUCAACAAGGUCUUGGAGAGGAAUGGCUUUACCAAAGUCAGAGAUCGGAAAGGAACGAUUGGACCUGCUGCCGAAGACUCGAUGAAUCAUUUCUUUAUCGAUCGCAGAUGGAGGAACCCCGAGGUGGUCAAAGAGCGAGAAGAGCUAAAGCAGAGCUUCUUACAGCUGAGAGAAUCUGCCCAUGUGUUUGCUGGACAGUGCACAGUCGAACGAUUCUUGACGAUUUGCCACAAUUAUUUUGUUCAGUGGGAGGCUCUGACCAGGUUCCAUCAUGAUUGCAGGACAAAGGGCUCGCGGGGUUUGUCAAAACGGAAUCUCUUGCCGAAGCCAAUCGCGAAUAAGCCAACCAUCCUCCAGCUGAAAUUUUCUUCGCCUAACUCCGCGUUCCAGCCCGUUAUCAAACUGAAGCCACAGAUGAGAACUUGGGGCAUUCAACCAAUCGAUUCCUUAACAGUCGUUUCGCCUGCAAUCGUGUCAGAACAGGAAACGAUAGAUUCUUCUGAUCAGGGGGCUAAUAUCUGCAGGGACUUUCUAUGCUCAGAAUACCAGCAGCAACAUGCGCAGCAGCAUCAUACGCAGCAUCAGCACGAGCAGCAGCAACAUGCGCAGCAGCUGCACGAGCAGCAGCAUGAGAGACAGCAGCAGCAAGCGGAGCAUGGGCAGCAUGGGCAGACAGACCAGCAGCCUUCCGAUCAGGCUGUAUCAAAUCAAGACAAGGAGCCUCGUCAACCCACCGACUCUGAGGUCGCUGGGCUCGCAGCCAUAUGGAGGGAAACAGAAACGUUGAAACGAGGUUGGCACGAGGCACUGUGUUAUCCUAAAUGCUACAAUCCCUUCGCCAUGGCGCCGACCUCCAUGCUGGUGCCUGCGGAUCAGAAGCCCAAGCGAUCACGGGGGAGGCCGCCCAAGCAUGGCUCGGGAAUGCACUGGCACACAGAGGAGCCACUUGUCUAUCAAGUAGUUCACGGGCAAGUGCAUCUGAUGGGUGCAAAACAAGAGGCGUAA